CUCACAGGUGCUGCUUUCUCAAUGAGUUGCGAGCUGACGUUUUGAAAAUCCCUGUUUUUGUUGAAAAAAUUUGAAUGGUCUCGCUGUUGUUCAGGAGAACAAUUUUCCCUCGAUUUGGAACUAGCUCUUUUUGGGUCUGGAAUUUUCUCAUCUUCCACGACAUACAACCCCUCUUUCCGAAGGAUCCAUCUCCCCUGGUGUUCCAUUAAUACAAUAUUAAUAUUAUCCGCUGAACUUCUAUUUAUAUGUCUAUAAUCUUCAAGACUGUUUCUAGUACUUGUUUGGCAAUUUCAAUUAGCAUAAUUACCAAAAAGAAAGGAUGGCCCAACUGUUUGAAUUGACUCCUGCUCAGACUCUGAGGUUUGAGUCAGGAAAAUUGGAGGAACGACUGGUGAUCCGGAAUACGACGCAGAAAAAUAUCGCAUACUUAUGGCUACAAGAACUUCAACUUCGUUUGGGAUGUUUUCCAAAAUCCAUGACUUACAUUCAUACUGUUUAUAACCUGUAGUUCAGAUCAAGAUUAUGCAAGGGUCUUUCCACCCUUUCUAAUACCCAAGGUGAAAACAACAGCACCGAAGAGCUAUGUCGUGCGACCUUCAAACGAUGUUCUCAAAAGCGGAGAGCAAGCAACCGUGAAAAUGUAAGUCGAUUUUCUUUGGUGUACAACUUUCUUCUCGUACCAUCUCCUUCAUCUUUGAUUUAUCAACAACAACUACUUCUUCCAUACGAAAUCAUCUCAUCAACGACAACUGCAAACACCUCUCUUCCUAUUCCAUCUCAGCAGUCACUUCUUUUUCUUUAUUACAACAGUGUCCUCCUGUGAUAGUCAUCAACAUCAUCUAAAGACAAUUUUUUCAUAUAGCGUCUUAGGUUAGUCCCUUCAUCCAAUACUUACAGUGUCCUCCAACCCGGUCAAGAUGCACCUGGAAGGGAGUCGUCGCACCGAUUUUUGGUCCAAGCUCUGGCCAUUGAUGGAUUAGAAAAUUUGACGAAAGAACAAUGGACAAGGGCUGACAAAGCAGAGAUUUUAAGACAGGAGGUUGUUGUAGACUGAUGUAAGUAGUGGCUAGUUUUCUUAGUAAGAGUAGUUAGUAAGUAUUUAUUACUUGAUAGUAGGAGAUGUGAUUUGACGUAAUCAAUUUCGUAGCAAGAGCAACAGUAAGAGCUACUAAGUACAUGAUAAAUAUAGCAAACCUUAAAUCGGCAAUCGUUUUGAGCGAUUGCUUGAGUUUAGAAAAACCAAAUUAUUUUUUUGUUAAAGAUCUCUUGAGUAGGGUAGUUACUUGUUUCUCUUGAGUACUAGUUUCUUGAAGUAGACCUUCGCUGUCGUCUCUAAUUCUCCAUGAGGUGAAGAUGAAUGUGAGCUACGAUACGGAUUCGUCUGCAGCUCCGGCGUCGGCGACAAGAGGUGCUCCUGGAGGGGGAACAAGUAUUCAGGCGAAAUACGACGAACUCGUUAAAUACACGGUAACACUGGAGGAGCAAACACUUCUGUUAUGGCAUACGUUAAAUUUAACCUCUAACUUCGUCUUACACAGAUCUUUUUAGAACAACUAUGCAAGUAGACUGAUUGUUCUUAGAACUAGUAUUCUUUUCUUGUUUUCAUAGGAUAAUUAAAUCAAUGCGAACCUGGGAUAUUAAAUCAGUGCGCUUUGACGAAUGAGUAGGAUAUUGAUAUUACCCUGCUAGUAUUCGUUCUCUUCAAAGAAGAAAACAACUACGGGCAAACGCUCACAUAUCCUGCAAGGGGAAGAAAAUGGAUGCAUAAUAAAAUUAAAAGGGAAGUCUUCUUCUAUACCUCUAGACUGGGUACAACGCUACCACUACUACUCGCCUUUCUAAUCUUCCUACAGCGAGAGAAGGAGACUCUGGAAGCGAAAGUGGGGCAAUCAGACUUCCGCUUUUCCCUGUGGCACAUCGUUCUUGCGGUCGUUAUCGCUAUCGCUCUUUCGAAGCUGCCGGCUUACAUGUAGACGCCACAAGAAGUGAUGUUCUUAUCACACAGUAAUUGUACUAGAUCAUACUUCGAAGAAAGGAGUGUGUCUGCUUCAAGAAGCAGCUGAGGGCCGCAGGAGACACAUGAGAUAGGAGCACGCAGGAAAAACGUGAAGGAAAAAACAUUGAACAUUCAUCAAAUACAAAUUCUUCUACAAAAUCAGCAUCAAGAAGAAGUCAACAACCCGAAGUAAAAUAAAUCAUCAACAUCUUCUAUUAUUCACAAUUUACAGCAACAAGAUCAGCCAUUAUACGCGAAAUUAGCAGAAUCUUCAGAGGAUCUCCUUCGGACGAUCAUACAGUAGCGUCCUCUGAACAAUUAUAGCAAAAAGAGCCCUCGUGGACCUGUUGUUUCUGGGAGAAAAAAAACCAAAAAGUAAAUACUUCAAAAAAUAAAUACUUCUUGGUGGUACUCGUGGUCGUGGUGAUUGCGCUGGUGGUACUAGUACGACGAAGGAGGAGGUGUGAAAAUAAUCGUGCACAUGACCAAUGGCCUUGAAACUACGAACACGAACACGUUAUAGUCGCACCACGCGACUUCUGGUACAUUCGCAAUUUGUAUCAGAAGAUUAUAUAUUUCUUCAUGAUUUUUACUGUCUAAUAGGUCUACUCUUAGGACGACGAGAGUAUAAGUCCAACUACAGAAACAGUCGAAUUGGGGUCAACCACUAGCUGAACGCUUGACUAUAAGUUACUUAGGAGCUAGUUUUCUAGAACUUCUGUCUCUAUGUAAUACAGUUCCUUAGGUGAUCGAGAUAGGAUCGCAACACGGGGCGAUCACAUGACAUGAUUAAGGGUCCUUCCACGAUAAAUAAUUAUUGCUUUUCUAAUAUCAUCUUGUUCAGGUAGAUGAUUGCUGCAAGAAGCGUUGAAGCGUCAAAGUUUUGGGCUUUCUUGUGCGAGUUUGUGCGGCGAUGAGGACGGGUCGUUACAGGUUACUUGUAGGAUAAUACAAGGAAAACCACUCCUUCGGAGAACUUCUGGGAAGGUUGUGUACCGCUCUACUGAAAACGACGAAUAGUUUUCACAUCAUCGACGUUGUACUAGUGCCAGCAGGCACGGAGUCUCGUAAUAGACUGACAUAAAAGAUCUUCUACUGUGGAUGAUGACGUCGAUACGAGGAUCCAAACCUUCAUAGCAUGAUGAGUAAGUAAACUAACGUGGUACAGCAAAUAAGGUUAUGUACAUGUUGAGACGCUGUACUACUAGAAGACGCACCCCAGAGUUGUCAGGCUGUCACAUCAGGAGCAGGGUGCUGCAAAAUUGUUCGUCGUACCCAAACUACAAGUGCCCGACAUACAAGAAGAACUCUAUUCGUCACCCACAUAUCUAGUAUGACAAUUAUUACCAUCUGACUUGUUGCGCUGUUUCUUCUAUACUUCGUGCUCUAGAAAGCAGGGCUCCAGUAGUGUCGUACUAGUGUGCACUUGUAUGAAGGAGGAGCUGCCAUAAUGUUAUAAUGGAUGUCGUUACCUUUCUUCAUCGUGUUCUUCGAAUACACCCAUAGUUGUGCCCUUGUAGUUGUUGGACAAGAUUCUCCGGACUUUGAGUAUUCGAAAGACAUGACGAGCAUGACGAAACCAAUCAUAUUAACACGGUCAUAGCACAACCAGAAAUAUCAGGGAUCCACAUCGGUGACGAAGACUUCUGUAGUGUUUAUCAAGGCAAUAAUAU